AUGACACGUGCAACACGUAACCAAGCAAUGGAGGAGGAACAGGCCGGCCGCCGCGCGACAAGGGGGACGUCUAAACAAAUCGAUAGGGAGAGUGGUGGCGGCGCUAAAAAAAACAAUGCGUCCGUCGCUCGUGGCAUUGGGCCGAAAAAAGCGGUGGCAAAAAAGGUCGCGCGCGGUCAACAGGAGGCCGGCAAGAAAGCGGCAGACAAGGGGCCUAAACCAACGCCACGCAAGCGUGUUUCUACAGUGAACAAAGCUGCGGAUGGUGCCUCUGCUGGAACCGAGCCCGGUCCGAGUAAAGACGGCACCACUGGCGGCAACGAAGAUCCGGGGCGAGGGAGCGCGAGUCUUGCACUCCCGUCGGCGGAGAUGGAGGGUUCGGCGACAGGGGGAAAUCACGGAGGCGAUCCUCGCGCCGAGCAUGCCGCAACCAAGGAGUCCGAGGAGGCGGCAACGCAACACCAUCUGACGCUGCUCCAGCCGAGCGUGGUCGAAGUUUCUGCAGCCGUGCUGGAUAAGGACAAGGUGGCACAGCACGAGUCGGUGGGGCUGGUCGGUGGCUCUCCUCCUUCUGGUGGACGGGGAAGGCGUAGGCAAAGGAAGAGCGAUGGGGAGGAGGAUGAUGACACCGCCGUGCCCGGGGACCUCACCACGCGGGCGAAGAGGCGCCAGACGACAGGUAGUGCUGACAACGCCGGAGGCGCGGAAGUUGACACACCGCGAGGCGCCAAGGAAGCUAGUGGCAAGGCGGGCGGUCAAGCAUUGCGCCAGAAGGGCCGCCCCGCAGCAAGAAAAGCAUCUGGCGGAAGGAGAGGCAAGAAAGCAGCGACAGGAACGAGGCCGAAACGGGGCGAUGAAGACCCCGGUGAUACGGAGGAGGAGGAGGAUGAGGAGGAGGAUGCGGAGGGAGAGGAGGAUGAAGAGGAAGCGGAGGAGCAAGACGCGGAUGUUGGGGAGGAUGCUAAAGAUGAGAAUGAUGGCGGGGAGGACGAAGAGGAGGAGGAGGAGGAGGAGGAGGAGGAGGAGGAGGAGGAGGAGGAGGAGGAGGAGGAGGAGGAGGAGGAGGGGGAUGAGGAGGAGGAGCAGGGUGACGAGGAGGAGGAGGAGGAGGAGGAGGAGGAGGAGGAGGAGGAGGAGGAGGAGGAGGAGGAGGAGGAGGAUGUGGCGCCAGGGAAGAGACGGGGCGGGCGUGGCGGUCGGGUGAGUGGGACAGGGAAGGAGGGGGGCCGGACUCGCCCUUCCCGAAAACGCGGGGCAGGUGACGCUGCGCGCGGCGAAGCAGCGGGCAAACCGAAGGCGCGUAAGGUGAAGGUCGAAAGUGAAGGGGUUGGUAAAAAGCAAGGGAGCCAGGGUGCAAAAGGGGAUGGAGGAGGAAAGGGUGGCCGCGCCAAAGGGGUUCGAGUGGGUACCGGCAAGAAGGAACGUGCCGGUGAAAGUGAGGAGCACGAGCAGUUUGUUACACGGGAGGAGUUCCAGGCGCUGCGGUCUGAGAUGUACGCCAUGUUUGCACAGCUCGGCCUGCGUCGUGGAGUACGUGCCAGCUAUGCCGGCGGGUCGGCAGCCCUGCCUAUGGCUGGUACCCCGCCGCCGAUGAGCGCCGUGGACAAGGCACGAGUGCUAGUGUUGCAGGAGACAAACCCAUUCCCGGUAUGUGGCUGGCCAAAUGGGGCGGGUUGGGGUUGA